AUGAGGGUGAUAGAAGUGGUCAUCGACGGCUUCAAGUCGUACGCCGUGCGUACGGUCAUCUCGGGAUGGGAUGAAAGCUUCAACUCAAUUACUGGUCUUAAUGGCAGUGGAAAAUCUAACAUUCUGGACGCCAUCUGCUUUGUCCUUGGCAUCACCAAUAUGACCACAGUGCGAGCACAAAAUCUCCAGGAUCUUAUAUACAAGCGCGGCCAGGCCGGCGUCACCAAGGCGAGCGUGACGAUUGUUUUCGACAACCGAGACACUAAGAAAUCCCCAAUCGGCUUCGAAGAAUAUGCAUCAAUCAGCGUUACGCGACAAAUUGUUCUUGGCGGCACAUCUAAAUACCUGAUUAAUGGCCAUCGAGCUCAGCAACAAACCGUUCAGAACCUUUUCCAAUCCGUCCAGCUCAAUAUCAACAACCCAAACUUCCUGAUUAUGCAGGGACGCAUCACAAAGGUCCUCAACAUGAAGCCUGCUGAAAUUCUUGCCAUGAUUGAAGAGGCGGCCGGAACGCGAAUGUUUGAGGAUCGUCGAGACAAGGCUCUGAAGACCAUGGCCAAGAAGGAGGUCAAGCUUCAGGAACUCAGAGAGCUCCUCAAAGACGAAAUUGAGCCCAAGCUUGACAAGUUGCGCACCGAAAAGCGAGCCUUUCUUGACUACCAACAGACGCAAAAUGAUCUUGAGCGACUGACCCGAGUAGUCGUAGCUUACGAUUAUGUAAAAUGCCAAGAGAAGCUCCGUCAGACCGCCGCUGAUUUAGAGGGCAAGAAGCAGAGACACGCCAGGCUCGAAGAAUCGGCCAAAAGACUUCGAAGCGAGCUCUCUCACUUGGAGGAAGACGUGAAGAAGAUUCAAGCUCAGCGAGAGAAGGAAGCCAAAAAGGGCAGCAAGGCUCAGGCGUUGGAGGAGAAAGUCAAGAAGCAUGCCAACGAAUUGGUCCGACUAGCGACAAUAAUGGAUCUAAAGACCUCUAGCUUGGCAGAAGAGAAGGACAAGAAACUUGCUCUGGAAAAGACGGUCGCUGAACUUGAGGCCACACUGGAAGAAAAGACAGCUACCUUCAAUACGGCAAAGGCGAACUGUGACGCUGAGAAAGACAGCCUCUCCAAGCAAGCCGAAGAGGUGGAAUCGAAAGAAGAGCUGCUACAGACACUUCAAACCGGUGUGGCUUCCAAGGAUGGCCAGGAAAAUGGUUACCAAGGCCAACUACAAGACGCCAAGAGUCGCGCCAAUGCGGCUGCCACUGCGCAAGAACAAUCCAAGAUCAAAAUCACCCACUUGCAGAGCAGAGUCAAGGAAGAAGAGCCACGAGCAAAGAAGGCCAGGGAGCAGAAUGCCGGCCUACUGCGCGAUCAUGAGGGGCUAAAAUCACAGGCCCAGAGGCUCGCGAAGGAGCUGGCCAAGCUUGGGUUUGAGCCUGGUCAAGAGGAGGAAAUGUACAAGCAAGAAUCCACCUUGCAACAAACUCUUCGUGGCCUUCGUCAAGAAUCGGAUAAGCUGAAGAGGAAGGUUGCCAACAUUGACUUCAACUACGCAGACCCAGUGCCCAACUUUGAUCGCUCAAAGGUCAAGGGUCUAGUCGCCCAGCUUUUUACCCUCGACAAAAAUCACACCAAAGCAGGAACGGCACUGGAAAUAUGUGCUGGCGGUCGCCUGUACAACGUGGUAGUCGACUCAGAAGUCACGGGUACGCAGCUUCUACAAAAGGGCAAACUCAGGAAACGUGUGACUAUUAUUCCCCUGAACAAAAUUUCCGCCUUUAAAGCCUCUGCGCAGACAAUUGCGACCGCCCAAAAUAUCGCCCCAGGCAAAGUCGAUCUCGCGUUGUCGCUGGUUGGAUAUGACGAUGAGGUUUCCUCUGCUAUGGAGUACGUGUUCGGAAACACCCUUGUCUGCGACGAUGCAGAGACCGCUAAGCGUGUCACGUUUGAUCCCAGCGUCAAGAUGCGGAGUAUCACACUCGAGGGAGACUCUUAUGAUCCCUCAGGAACUCUCUCCGGUGGCAGUGCUCCGACCUCGAGCGGCGUCCUCGUUACACUGCAGCAACUCAACAACUUAACACGUGAGCUUAAUGACGCCGAGGGCUCUCUCAAGCAGGUCCAGGCAAAGAUGGCUAAGGAAAAGUCAAAGAUCGACCAAGCUCGCCGCAUUAAGCAAGACCUGGACCUGAAGAACCACGAGAUCAAGCUGAGUGAAGAGCAAAUCAGCGGAAACUCUUCUUCCUCCAUCAUACAGGAGGUUGAGAACAUGAAAACCACUAUCGCUGAGCUUCUAGAGGGCAUUGUUGAAGCGAAAUCCCGUCAAGCCGAAGCCAAUGCCGAUGUUAAGCGUAUCGAGAAGGAUAUGAAAGACUUCGACAGCAACAAAGAUGGGAAGCUUAUUGAGCUUCAAAAGUCAGUUGAUAAGCUUCGUACCGAUCUGCAAAAAAACACAGGAGCUGUAAAAGCUCUACAAAAGCGUUUACAGGGUGCGCAGCUUGACUUGGAGCAAGUAAACACUGAUAUCAUGGCGGCUCGAGACCAACUGCAUGAAACGGGCUUCAACAUCAAAACUCAAGAAAAUGACAUGCAAGAGGUCACUGAGCAGCAAGUCCAGCUGAAAAAGGCUCACGAAUCCAUCCAAGCUGAUCUAGAUGAUGAACGCGCCAAAUUGAACCAGUUCGAUGACGAGCUGCGCGCACUUGAUGAAGCUACGCGUUCAAAAACUGCUCGUAUCGCUGAAGAAGGCCUGGAGAUGCAAAAGCUGGGGCAUCAGGUUGAAAAGUUCAACAAGGAGCAGCAAACUGCAGCUGAAAAUGUAUCUCGACUGGAAGGCGACCAUGACUGGAUUCAUGACGAGCACGAGAAGUUUGGUCGCAGUGGUACGCCAUAUGACUUCAAAGCCCAGAACAUUGCCGAAAGCAAAUCGACUCUUCGCAACUUGACGGAACGCUCGCAAGGCAUGAAGAAGAAGAUUAACCCAAAGGUCAUGAACAUGAUUGAUAGUGUGGAGAAGAAGGAGGUAUCUCUCAAGAACAUGAUCAAGACUGUGAUUCGCGAUAAGAGGAAGAUUGAGGAAACCAUUUUCAGUCUUGAUGACUACAAGAAGAAGGCCCUGCGGGAAACGUGGGAAAAGGUCAACGGCGACUUUGGCCAAAUCUUCUCUGAGCUGUUGCCAGGUGGCAGUUUCGCCAAGCUUGAUCCUCCCGAAGGCAAGACGAUUGGCGACGGUCUCGAGGUCAAGGUCUGUCUCGGCAAGGUGUGGAAGCAAAGUCUCACGGAACUGAGCGGGGGUCAACGCUCCUUGGUGGCCCUGUCUUUGAUCAUGGCGCUCCUACAGUUCAAGCCGGCGCCAAUGUACAUCUUGGACGAGGUGGACGCUGCCCUGGAUCUGUCGCAUACGCAGAACAUUGGACGUCUCAUCAAGACGCGCUUCAAGGGCUCGCAGUUUAUCGUCGUCAGUCUCAAAGACGGCAUGUUCCAGAAUGCAAACCGCAUCUUCCGAACACGCUUCAGCGAAGGCACCAGUAUGGUGCAAGCCUUGACACCAGCCGACCUCAAGUAG